AUGGCUUCCAACAACAAUUUCGCCGAAAAUAUUGACAAUUCUGACUCAGAUUCUUCGUUUGGGGAUGAAUUUCCAGAAACUAAUGGCAUUGGGUACGUUGGCUAUCGAUUUGUACCGCAAGUAGGCAGUAGCGACGAGUUAAGUGAAAGUGAUGAGAGUGAAUCCGACGGCGAACCAGAGAUCGAAAUAGGAAAUCUAAGAAUGGACAAUUUAGAUUGGUGCAGUUGUAGUAACUGCAUCAUUAUGAGAACAGAGACUGAGAACAUCUGUUGCAGAGAGAUCCAGAAUGUGCUCACCAAGGAAAAAGAUGACAAUAUUGUGGAGGAAUGUAUAUGUGAGCACCCCAAGUUCAACACCCUGUGCCUGGAUAGAGAUGUAUUUUGUGUUGCAGCCAUUACUGUGUCUUCCAUGUUCCGGACUGAUUUGCCAAAUCCUCUGACAGAUAGAUUCUUUCGCUUAACCGCUUACAGACAAUUCACUCUAUGGAUACAUGGAAAAUUAGGCAGACAUAACAGGAGAACAAUUCCAUCUUGUGUGGUACGUCGUAUCAGGGACGUCUAUCCUCAUUUAGAAGAGGGUCAGGAACAAAUUACUGGAUUUUUAUUUCCUUAA